AUGGGAAAGAUAGAAAGAGGGAGGGAUACAGACAGCCGAUAAAGAAACACACUGGAGCACCAGAGGUAAAGCAAGGCUACGGACACAGAUAAAGAUAACGUCUGGAUAUAAAUGCUCACACUACUGACUGGGGAAUAAUAACCGCAGCAAGUGACAGAAGGAUACAGAGAAAGGGGGAAACAGAGAGAAGAUGGAUGUACAAACGGAUAACAUGGACCCCCCGCCUUGUGAAUCCCAGUCGAGUGGAAAAAUCAGAAAAGGAUUCAAGCUGUUUGGCAAACGCAAGCCAGGUAACAUCUUUUCUAUUCGAAGCAAAGGGGAUGGAAACAACAAGUCACCUGUUAACAGGAGCAAAACCCAAGAUGGAUUAUCGGAGACCACUGCACCAGAUUCAGAGCCGGAGCCAGACAAGGAACAGGGACAUGAGGUGAGUCAAGGAGAGAGGGAGCAGGCAGAGGAGGAGCAGCUUGGCGAAGAUGGCGUUCUAGCUGCCGCCCAUGCUCGCACCUCCAUUUCUUCGGCAAGCUCAGCCAAGUCCCUCAGCUUCCUGUCGUUACUGAGGGGUGGCCGGAGAGGAGUAGGGGACCGCAGAGUCCACACCGUGUCCCAGCCAGUGGGUCGGCAACGUCGAGGGCUGAAGGGUCUCUUUGGCAAUGUUAUGUUCCGAUCAAAGGAUAAAGAGGAGAAGGAGGAAGCUCCUCCGAGCCCACUUCUCAUGUCGUCCCGUGCCAACAGUGUGGAAAUCAUCAAAGAGGACCUCACCCUCACUCCCAAAUCCCAGCCUCGCUCUCUGGACAGCCCAGAGACUGAGAGUUGUGAGCCCAUCAGGAGCUUCACAACACAGGACAGUGCAGCCACGACCCCAUCAGAGACUAUAACACCCCAGGUGACAGCAGGCAAUGUGAGUAGAACUAAUGAGUAUGUGCCGCCUUUACCCACCUCUGAACCACCCAUGGUACCUGGUGAUAGUAGCCUGAGCUGCUUGCUGGCAGACAUCUCUUCUCUCCUGACCUUUGACUCAAUCUCAGGGGGUGGAGACAUCAUGGCUGAUGUAGAGGCAGAGUGGGGAAAAGCCAGCAGUGCCAUCAGUGCUGCUGUGACUGAAGUCUCGCCAUCAUCCACAUCUCUUUUCUCCAAACCCACCCCCUCCUUUCCAUUGACUUCUACCUUUGUCAGCACGGCUGUUACGGCAAAACCCUCUCCUGUAGCUGUCCCCACAACAGCGUCGACCAAAUCCUUUACCCCUCUGACAAAGACAACGCCAUCCUCUUCUCCCGUUGCCAAGCCGAGUGCCAUCAUCACAACGUUGACCAAAACUUCCACUUUGACUACUAACUCAGUCAAACUGACUUCAGACUCUUCUAAAGCCGCUGAGACUUUUACCAGCGUUAAAAUUAAAUCAACUCCUACACCUAUUGCAGGAAAACCUUCAACUACCCCUGUAACAACAUCAAGCCUUCCAAUAAUGUCUUCCUUUUCGACGACAAUUAAAUCCACACCAAGUUCCACCUCCGCCCCUCCGAACACCCCGGCCACUGUAAUCAAGGCUCCCUCAGUUAGUCCAACUCUUACCUCUACGGUCAGCAAGUUGGCUUCAGAGAUUGCAGCGCCUACUCCAAUGACUCCUCCAGUAAAUAAAUCUAGCCUUGUAGCUACUCCAUCUCCUGCGCCAGCUAAACCUCCACCUGUCACCCAUAGCCCUCCCGCCCCAGUAGCUUUUACUCAACCUCCACCUACCAAAUUAGAUUCAGCUAGCAAUUUGAACCUGCAAACCUUCACUUCCUUCAAACCUUCCCUAAGUUCAGCUGCAGGAGAAUAUAAAGCCCCAGUGACAGUAUCACCAGCCUGUACUGUUACAACCAAACCGUCCUCUUCACCGGUUAUCCUCUCCAAGAUGACAACGUUUCCCACAUCAACUACAACCUCAAGCUCGGCAUCUGUGGCCCUUUCGAAGCCUGUACUCACCUCUAGCCCACUGGACUUAAGUAAGACCCCUCCCUUCCUUGUAACUGUUCCACAUCUUGGUUCUUCCUCUACCCCGACUGCCACAACUAAAACCCAAUCCAGCCCUGCAUCUGUCCCAACUCCACCUUUAACUUCUUCAGAUAAGAUUCCUCCCACAACUAAACCCACUCCUGCACCAGUCUCUUUAGACAAGAUGCCCCCUACUCCCACGCCAAUUUCAGCCCCUACCACUCAUGCUGUUGUGUCUACAGCAUCCCCAACACCUCCUGCUCUGGGUCAGAUCCCUGUGUCUCAAGCUAAAGCCCCUUCUGCUCCUGCGCAAAUCAAAAUUUCUGUAUCUAAAGAGCCGCCUGCCCCUGCUCAGAUGCCAGUUUCUGCAUCUAAAUCCCCUCCUGCCCCCGCUCAAAUCCCAGUUUCUGUGUGUAAAGAGCCCCCCACUCCUGCUCAAAUUCAAGUUUCUCAAUCUAAAACACCUCCUGCCCCUGCUAAGAUCCCAGUUUCUCUAACUAAAGAUCCUCCUGCACCUGUUUGUACCCCAAUUUCUGUAUCUAAAGAACCUCCUGUUCCAGCUCAGAUCUCAGUUUCUGUAUCUAAAGAUCCUCCUGCUCCAGCUCAGAUCCCAGUUUCUGUAUCUAAAGAUCCUCCUGCUCCUGCUCAGAUCCCAGUUUCUGUAUCUAAAGAUCCUCCUGCUUCUGCUCAAAUCCCAGUUUCUGUAUCUAAAACUCCUCCUGCUCCUGCUCAGAUCCCAGUUUCCGUAUCUAAAGAUCCUCCUGCUCCUGCUCAGAUCCCAGUUUCUGUAUCUAAAGAUCGUCCUGCUCCUGCUGCUCCUGCUGCUCCUGCUGCUCCUGCUCAUAUCCCUGUUUCUGUAUCUAAAGAUCGCCCUACACCUGUUUGUAUCCCAAUUUCUGUAUCUAAAGAUCCUCCUGUACCUGCUCAGAUCCCAGUUUCUGUAUCUAAAGAACCUCCUACUCCUGCUCAGAUCCCAUUUCUUCAAUCUAAAGCCCCUCUUGCACCUACCUCUGCCCCUGCCCAUUACCCUGUCACUUCUGUUUCUUCUACCCCUGCACCAUGCCCAAGUGAGGCCCCAGCCUCUGCUAGGAUGAGAGGAAAUGGACAGGCAUCAGUGGAUGGGCAACUAGCAAGUCCAAGUAGCACAGGUUUCCAGGGGGCCCAGACAGUGCCGUCCAAAACAGAUGAACUACACAAUGAAUCACGAACAAGCCUCCAGGGCCCCUCAAGAGAAAAGAGGACAACACAAAUAAAGCCAUCAGGACUUAGCAAAAUACCUGUAGUUGGAGGGGGGAGACCAGGUAAGCUACCCGUCCGGGAGAGUCAACAUGUUGAUGAUGAAGCAAGAAGGGAACCACCUACCCCUGUGCUAGAAGAAGAGAGGCCCCAUUUCAACUCACAUGAUGCAGGGAGCAAAGAUAAAAUCAGUGAUGUUGGGGCAAUUGUGCCCACCUCAAAACACACCCAGGAGGAGAGUCAGCACCCUCCACAGCCGAAAGUUCUCACCAGUUCACCGCGUGACUCAAAGAUCCCUGUGAAGCAUUGCGCACAGUCUCACACUGCCUCUCAAAUCCCUCAAGCAAAAGAACCCCCUCGCACCAAGAUACCCAUGUCCAAGGUUCCUGUCCGCAGGGUUGGUAAUAAACCUGCAGCUACGGGUGGCAGCACACAGAUAAGAAAAUGAAACAAUGGACUGAUCAAUCAACAAUACAGAUUAUGGCUUUGACUGCAAUUUUUUUCCCAAUAUAACUACAUGGCCACUCUUUUUUAAUUCAUAUUUCUAUACUAUAACUGUCUUGGCUUGUCUCUCUGUCAUCUCUUGGCUUCACUACAUCAUAAGUAACAGUAACAGAGUCAAGGAGGCUGACAGCACUCAAGCACAAAACCUCUCCACAGGGAGCCAAAGCAAAAAGCCUGGCUCUUUGGUGCUGAGCCAACUGGACAUGCACUCAGGAAAGGUUCAGGGUCACACCUGAACACGCAGCAGCAUCGGUUACUAAGGAUAAGCAAGAUUAAAGGUCUUCUGCGAACACAGUCACACACACAAUAUGGGCGAGUGCCUUUUUAAGGGUGCUUUUCCUACAGACUCUCAGAAUUUGUUCAGUCUUUUCUACAGUACUUUUAACUUUUGUUACUCCCACUUUUUGUAGGAACCGUCAAAUCUUUUUUGUCUUUCUUUCAAGCAAGUCUCUUUGAUAAUAACCAGUCCCUUUACGUAUUUAUUUAUGCCAGGAGAAAAACUGCAGGAGCUCUAUAAAUUAAUGCAAAACAACCAAAUUUACAUUCCACACCUAUCUCUGGAUGUAUGUAGCAGAAAACGUGCCAUUAAUAUUUGCACAAGAUGUUGAACUGUACAGCGCCUGUGUGUCCGUCUGCUCAUAUGUAACCUGAUCUGAUCUCACUGUGAACUAUGGGAGAGACUGGUUUUAAGGGAGGAAUGGAAAUAACUCCUUCCAAUGAAAUGGACAGUGGGCAGCAGCCAUUAUGAAUGGCCCUGUGGACAUUUGAAUAAGACAGAGGAUGCUGAGAUGAGAUCUCCAGCUCGUACACUGGCAUAUCCUUAUCCUUACCCCACCAGAUGAGAACAAUAUCUGUGUAUAGUCUCAUAUAUGUUGUUAUGUUUACUAUUUAAUCAAUAAAACAAUAUGAGUAAUUAGCAAGAUGA